AAAAAUGGGGUUUUUUAUAUGUUUCUGCCUGAAGAACAUGUAGCAGAGAUCCGAAUAGAUGCAGCUUUUGAGUGUGGGGAUGGGGUUGUUGGAUUGUCUGUUGAGUGCAGAAGCCAGAAAAUCCAUCAAACGAAAAGACAGCGAUGCAGGUGAAGCAGGUAAAGCAUUGGAAGAACUCAGAGGCUCCCUCUACAAUGAACUUAGAACCUCAGAAGGAGCCAAGCGCCAACAGCAACAAUUUUGCGGACCGGUGGUCGCCAUGUCCUUCAAUUUCUUUGUCGCUGUCGCUAUUAUUCUGACAAACAAACUUGUGAUGGGGAGAGUUGGAUUCAACUUCCCAAUCUUCCUAACCCUGAUACAUUACACCGUAGGGUGGCUGUUACUAGCAUUUUUCAAGGCGUUGUCAUGGCUUCCAGUUUCCCCUCCGUCCAAAACGACUCCUUCCUCGGCCAUCUUUUCGUUGGGAGCUAUAAUGGCUUUCGCAUCUGGCCUUGCCAAUACCAGCCUCAAGUAUAACAGUGUUGGUUUCUACCAAAUGGCUAAAAUUGCAGUCACUCCUACGAUCGUUCUCGCAGAGUUCGUUCUCUUCAGGAAAACCGUAUCUUUCAAAAAGGUAUUGGCUCUAGCAGUUGUUUCGGCAGGCGUCGCGGUGGCCACCGUAACGGAUUUAGAGUUCAAUGCUUUUGGAGCCUGUAUCGCCAUCGCAUGGAUACUCCCGAGUGCAAUAAACAAAAUUCUGUGGUCUAAUUUACAACAACAAGCAAACUGGACAGCACUUGCGCUGAUGUGGAAGACAACACCAAUCACAAUCUUCUUCUUAGUAGCAUUGAUGCCAUGGCUGGAUCCGCCUGGAGUCGUGUCGUUCAAAUGGAACAUAAACAAUGUUACAACGAUUCUCAUAUCGGCGUUGCUUGGUUUUCUCUUACAAUGGUCUGGAGCACUGGCAUUAGGAGCAACUUCUGCAACAUCUCAUGUUGUUUUAGGACAAUUUAAAACUUGCGUGAUACUUCUUGGAGGAUACCUUCUUUUGGAUUCUGAUCCGGGGCUUGCGAGCCUUUCUGGAGCCGUUGUUGCACUCGCCGGGAUGUCGGUUUACACGUCAUUUAACUUGAAAGAAUCGAAGGAGGGAUCAAAUAAGCAGAUUCCAAUGCAAAAUCCAGUACCAAAAACAAAAACCAGUGAAAAUGGCAGUGAAUGCUCAACAGUAAUAAAUACUACAAAUGAAGUGUGAAAGUAUACGAAGUGAAGAGAUUGUACAGACAAAGAAUCAAAGGCCCCAUCAAGUUCUAAUAUUCUUUUCUUUAUUAUGUGUAUAUCAACCAACUGCUGAAGUUAUUUUAAUCGGUGCUUUGAAAUUGAACUAAUCGGUGCUUUGAAAUUGAACU